AUGUUUUUAAAACAAAUCGACCUCACGACAGCCCUGCGGCCCUCCUACCUCCCCGAUGAAGUGCUGCUCUUUGUGCAGGAUAACGUGGGGUUAUAUGAGGGCAAAUAUAAACUGCCAGACCAUCAAAAGGGCCAGGUGUACCUGACAUCGCAUCGCAUAUGCUAUGUCGACCAACAAGAACCCCGAAAGCACUCCCUUGCACUAGAUCUGAAGGAUGUCGAGAGAUACGAGUUCUACGCCGGUUUUCUCAAGUCUUCCGCCAAGGUCACACUGAUCCCUAAGGCGCCCAAGCGACGCUCAUUGAUCUCGCGAAACCCCACGACUGCCAGUCCGUCGCGAAGCGUUACAGCCUCUCCAGCACCGACCGCCGAUUCCAGAUUCCGCUCUUCAAAUACCCCCUCGGCGCCGGCGACUUCGGCCACAUGGGUUUGCUCCAUCUGUAGCUUCCCCAACCCGGUGCCAUCCAACUUCGAUCCGACCACAGCCAACGCGCAUACCCCCCUACCUCCAUGCCUGGCAUGUGGCAUCAAGCCCGCCCUGACCCAUGUCCUGAAGGCAACAAUAUCCAGCGCUACCAACAGGCAGCCUUCCAACUCUGUAUCCAGAUUAGAGGGUCCAGUACCUCUCCCGCCGCAACCGGACGUACUGCACGAGGCCCCCGGUUCUUUGGUGGCCCCAUCGUCGUCGCCUCGCUUCUCCUCUACAGACAAGGACGCUGGCUUCGAGUGUCCGAGGUGCACUUUCCUCAAUCAUCCCUCACUCUUGUCCUGUGAGAUCUGCGGAGCACAGUUGAUCUCCCAUGACAUUCCUAAGCAUGUCGUUCAGGACCAUGAACAACCAAGGAGUGACUCGCCUGGGCCCGUGCUGAAGCCUGGCAGUCCCCUUGGGCUGGAGAACCCGGAAAGCGUCAAGAUCUCAUUCCGAGGGGGUGGCGACAAGAUAUUCUAUGAAAGGCUCAAGGGAUCCAUGACGCAACGGAAAUGGCUACUACAAGAAGCGCCUCCUGUUCCUAGCAGUAACAGUAGCAGGGCUGGAGGUGACGCAUCGAGUCCUCUGUCAAGAUCGGAUUCUGGCGCGGGUCGGAUCAAGACUGCCGGUAUUGCUGGUCUCGAGAAAAUGGGGCUCGAUAGGCGGAAGAAUAACGAACUAGUUAUUGGCAACGCGUUUGAAGACCUCGAAGCUUUAAUGGCAUCUGCCAAGCACAUCGUGGCGCUGGCAGAAUCGUUCGCUAGGCAAGCUAAUAGCGGCACAGGCGCCGCAACCUCUGAGGCAAAUGCCUUGUUGGCAGAGUCGGCAAACCAACUUGGCCUCAUAACUACAAAGGACAUUGUCGGUGGCGGAGGUGGAUCUGGUGCUGAGAAUUUGUAUCUGUCCGAACUGUCGAGGAAUCUUGCCGAGUUCCUCACAGAUGAUGCCAGGGGCGUGCUCAAGAAGGCAGGAGGCAUUGUCAGCUUGAUCGACCUCUGGGCAAUGUUUAAUCGAGCUCGAGGAGGUGUGGAAUUGGUCAGCCCAAACGACUUCGAGAAGGCAGCACGGCUCUGGGAGAAGCUCAAGCUCCCAGUACGACUGAGAACAUUCAAAAGUGGUGUCUUGGUCGUCCAGGGUCGCGACAGGACGGAUGAAAGCACUAUCAAGGCUCUUCUCGCCUGGCUUCGUGAUCUACAUGACAUACCCCCUGACCGAGAAGUCCCGUGGGACUGGCAGGAGUUUGGCCGUGGCGUCACAGCACAAGAUGCAGCUGAAAGAUUUGGCUGGAGCAUUGGAGUCGCCGAGGAAGAGCUUGAGAUGGCCGAGGAACGUGGGGUGCUGUGCCGCGAAGAAGGCAUAGAGGGCCUCAAGUUCUGGGAGAACUACAUUGAUACUGGCGAGCACCGCAACCGACCUAAGCAAGAUAAGGAGGUGGAUAAGAUUCUCAAGUCUUUGAAAGAGUCUGGUAUCAUUUAG